GAGGCGGUUACGGAAGCAAGCCGGUCUUCUCUUUUGGUCUGGGAUGGUGAUGAGCUCAAAGAAACAAGCUUUACCAGAUUGAUUCCGGAAUACCUGAAGUCUGGAGAAAGCCGACGAGUUGUUGCUUUCAGGAUAAACGAUUCUAUCGACAGCUUCAAGGCAAGCUGGAGAGACUCGAUUCAAGCAGGGCACUUCGUGCAUUUGUCCGGGGAGCUUCUGACAGACACCCUGUCAGAUGUGGAGAGGUUUGUAAGCCACCAGCACAACCAUCAAGAAGUCAUGCCAAAGCUGCAGGCAAGAACCAAAGAGUUAGCAAGCAACAGGAGGAGGAGCUUAACGGAUGCACAGGACUUGGUCCUCCAGUUUGGGCUGAGCCGUGAUCUCGCGACAGAAGUCAGACACUCGAGGGGUGGUCUCCCAUGCCCUGCCAACGCCAGGGGAACCUGA